GGUGGCGGCGGCGGGCAGCGCGCGGGGCACGGGGCGCUGGGCGAUAGUCGUCGGGGCCGGGGCGGCUGGCAGUGGGCACAAGCUCCCCGGUGCCCGCCCCUCCGCCGGGAGGGGGGCGCGAGCGGGCGGCCGGGGAGGGGCCGGCACCGCCACAGCAAAAUGAGCCUGCUGUCUGCCAUCGACACGAGCGCCGCCUCGGUGUACCAGCCGGCCCAGCUGCUCAACUGGGUCUACCUGUCGCUUCAGGACACACACCAAGCUAGUGCCUUCGAUGCCUUCCGGCCCGAGCCGCCUGCCGGCGCAGCGCCCCCGGAGCUGGCCUUCGGCAAGGGUCGCCCGGAGCAGCUGGGCUCUCCCCUGCACUCCAGCUAUCUUAACAGCGUCUUCCAGCUGCAGCGCGGAGAGGCGCUGAGUGGUGUAUACAGGAAUACUUCCCCCUAUGGCUCCCUCAACAACAUCGCUGAUGGCCUCAGCUCCCUCACUGAGCACUUCUCAGAUCUGACCCUUACCUCUGAGGCCCGCAAGCCCAGCAAGAGACCUCCACCAAACUACCUAUGCCACCUGUGUUUCAACAAAGGACACUACAUUAAGGAUUGCCCUCAGGCACGCCCCAAAGGUGAGGGUCUGACACCGUACCAAGGGAAGAAACGCUGCUUUGGAGAGUACAAAUGUCCCAAGUGCAAGAGAAAAUGGAUGAGCGGGAACUCCUGGGCCAACAUGGGGCAGGAGUGCAUCAAGUGCCACAUCAACGUGUACCCGCACAAGCAGAGACCCCUGGAGAAGCCUGAUGGCCUGGAUGUGUCUGACCAGAGCAAGGAGCACCCGCAGCACCUCUGCGAAAAGUGCAAGGUCCUGGGUUACUACUGUCGCCGUGUGCAGUGACCUUGGCAACCACCUCAGCUGCCACCCUCAGCUGCCACCUCCCUGUGCUGCCCAAAGGGCUGAAUGGCCUCAUACUUGAGGAGACCCUCACAGGCCGGCCCAUGUCCUUGUCUCAUGUGCUGACAGUGUGGCUGACAUGCUCCCAACAAGGUGCAGAGACAGGA